AGUUUUAAACAAUUUUUCAUAAGUGAAUCAUAAAAAAUUGUGUAAAAUAGCUAUAAUUAAGUAGUAUGUGUCAUAUUGAGUGUCUUUAAAAGAAUUUAUUUUAAAUAUUUUUCGAAAAAAAUAAGUGUAACCCAAAAAUUGGACGGGAAAUGUACUUUACGAUUUCGUUAGUAUUUUUUUUUGCUGUUAAUGACUACUGAUAGCACUUAUAUAUGUUGCAAUCACGACUCUUCACUCUCUUACAUAUUUCUUUUUUCGACCAAAACCAAGGCGCUUAUAAAUGCAAAACGUGUUUCCGAUACAUGCAAGUUGAAUUGUGAAAAGAAAACAAAAAUGAAAUAAAACAACGAAACAUUUUCGGUGUGUACAUUUUCUUGGUACUAGCGCAUCAACUCCGGUUUGAACAUAAAAAUUGUGGAUUUAUUGUGCGAGAGUGAUAAAACCACGCUGUGUCACACGACUUUUUAUCGUAUCUAUAGUGUGACUGUUAGACAGAUCUAUGUAUGAAAACAUUUGUGCAAGUGCAGGAAUUAUCUAAACGAAUCAUCAAGUGCACACGAAAUUUUGGUAUACUAUACGAAAACUAUACAAACGAAAUGGAAAUAAUCAAUAACAUUCAAAAAGUGAGAAAAAGUGAAAUGAACGGUCACCUUAAUGCAUAUUAGAUGCAUUUGCUAUUGCCCGAACUUUAAUAUAAUUGUUUUAUAGUUGUUGAUUGUGGGGUUGAUUUUUUGUUUAUUUCCUUUAAGGUAAACAUUUAAUUGCGGCAAGUUAUUUCGAUGCAUAUUUAGUGUGAAUUGAUCUCUACAGAAGUGUCUGAUAUCUGUGCUACAAUUACUCAACGCACAUGUGGUACAUCACAGAAUUAAUUUUCCAACAAUGGACUAUGUCUUGAAACAACGAUAAACCUGAAAAUAUAUGAAAUAGAGAAAAGAAAACCUUUUUUGACUCUUAAAGUGCACAACAAAAAAAAUCAAACGAACAAAACUCAAAAAGGCAAAAGAAUCAAGUUUGAUACGCACAAAGAAGAGUUAUAACAAGUAAACAUAAUUAAAUCGAAAGAAGAGAAAAGGAAAGCAUACACAAAAAAAAUCUCUUAUAAUGUUCAAUAUUUAGAAGAAAAUAUAAAACACAUAUGUAACGGAGAGAGAGAGAAUGAAAGGAUCGGAACUCAACACGGACAGAGAAUUCAAACGUAUCUAUGUUGAGUGAGUUAUAACAAACUAACAAAAAUUGAGAAGCGACAGAUUUAAGAAGAAGAAGAAAAAAACAACAACAAUAACAAAGUAUACACUAGUAGAAGACGAAUGAAAAAAACUCAUCGAGAAUCGACUUCAUUGUUUAUUUGUAUCAUUUUCAUUUGUGCACACGCAACAUAUACUGGCAUUGAUGCUUAAUCGUACGGCGGCAACAUAGAAAAAGAUACAGAAUAGUAACAAACACACAGAUAGAUUACCGUUCACCAGAGACUCGGAAUAUACCACACGAGAACGGAAUAACAAAAAAGAUAUAGUAACAAUAACACCAUAUCUAUGUAUAUGUACGUACAUAUAUAAAAAAAAACAUUAUUAACACAGUACCUACGUAUAAAUUAUUCCACACAUAUAAGAAACAACAAAAGGGAGCUAACGUGUGUCGGUGUACACGAAAUAAUGAACAUAGAGAAGAUUCGGAAAAAAUUAAAGAGAAUAAACUGAAAAAAAAAAGACGGAAAAGACGAAAAAAGAACUUUUGAGAGAAAAUAAAAUACAUAUAGCAAAAUAAAAACUACAGAAUACACCAAAAUCGAAUAACAAACAUAACUUUGAUAAAUUCAAAAUGGCGGCAAGUCGAACUCGUAUGCAACAAACAAAAAACAUAUCAUCAAUAUUUUCGAAAUUGCAUGGUGCACUGUCUGAUGCAUGUAGCCCGCAAAAAAUGUCCACUGAUAAAAAAACACUUGACAAAACAUGGAAACUAAUGGAUAAGGUGGUACGACAGUGCCAACAAUCAAAAAUGAAUUUAAAAAAUAGUCCACCGUUCAUUCUCGAUAUUUUGCCCGAUACAUAUCAACGUUUGCGAUUAAUCUAUUCAAAGUAUGAACACCAAAUGCACAUUCUGCAUGCAAAUGAACAUUUCAAUGUGUUCAUAAAUAAUUUAAUGCGUAAAUGUAAGCAAGCAAUUAAACUGUUCAAAGAGGGCAAAGAGAAGAUGUUUGACGAAAAUUCGCAUUAUCGUCGCAACUUAACCAAACUUAGUCUAGUGUUUUCACAUAUGUUAAGCGAAUUAAAAGCAAUCUUUCCAAAUGGUAUAUUUGCCGGCGAUCAAUUUCGGAUUACCAAAGCGGAUGCAGCUGACUUUUGGAAGGCGAAUUUUGGCAAUAGUACAUUGGUUCCAUGGAAAAUUUUCCGUCAAGAAUUAUCAAAAGUACAUCAAAUUUCGUCCGGUUUAGAGGCAAUGGCGUUGAAGACAACCAUAGAUUUGACAUGCAAUGACUAUAUAUCAAAUUUUGAAUUCGACGUUUUUACACGAUUAUUUCAACCGUGGAGCACACUGCUACGUAAUUGGCAAAUUUUAGCUGUUACGCAUCCAGGUUAUGUUGCAUUUUUAACAUACGAUGAGGUCAAGGCCAGACUACAAAAGUACAUACACAAAGCUGGUAGUUAUGUAUUCAGAUUAUCUUGUACGCGUUUAGGGCAAUGGGCUAUUGGAUAUGUAACGGCCGAAGGCGAAAUUUUACAAACAAUUCCACAGAAUAAGUCACUAUGUCAAGCUUUGCUUGAUGGCCAUAGAGAGGGAUUUUAUUUAUAUCCGGACGGGCGGCAAGUUAACCCAGAUCUUUCGUUUGCUGUGCAAAGUCCAAUGGAAGAUCAUAUAACUGUGACGCAAGAACAAUACGAACUCUAUUGUGAAAUGGGUAGUACAUUUCAGUUAUGUAAAAUAUGUGCGGAAAAUGACAAAGAUAUACGAAUCGAACCGUGUGGUCAUUUGCUGUGUACACCGUGUUUGACUGCUUGGCAGGUUGAUUCCGAAGGACAGGGUUGCCCAUUUUGUAGAGCUGAAAUCAAAGGAACUGAACAAAUUAUAGUCGAUGCAUUUGAUCCACGCAAACAACAUCACAGGAAUUCAGCACAUGGUCGACAACAAAACGUUGAUGAUGACGAUACUGAGGUAUAGUUAUCCAAAAACCAUGGCCAAAACUCAUCAUCCCACACAAAAUGGCUUAACUGCAACCACUUUUACCAUUUCAAAAUUUAAUUUAAAAAAAAAAAACAUCUAUUUAUAUUGAUGAAAAAACAUUUCAUUUUUGCCCAAAUGAAUUUUUCAAUGAGGAUCCGUCCGUUCAGGAAACAGCCUUCUGAAUGAUGAAUCUAUACAAUCGUUGUAAAAGCACGUCUAUUUAUAGAUAUAUCUAAACAGUAUUUUCGCUCAGAUAGUAACCUUUUUAUUCAAUUUAAUAUAAUACGAAAAGGUUUUAUUACUUGUUCGUUUUCUUUACAUGGUUUCAUAUAAUUUGAAAUCGAAAUCUGUCGAAAUAAUAUUAUGGUGACAAAGAUAUGUAUGAAUUUCAUAAAUAUACUAAAAAUGUUGUUAAUGUUAACAAUAUUUUGUAUACCUUGCUGACUUAUGUAUACUUAUCCAUAACGACUGCCAAGAAGUCGACAAAAUUCUGAGUAAUCAAAAACAAAAAUAGUAAAUAAUGAACAAAAAUUUUUGAUCAAUGAUCAAACAAAUGCAUAUCAACUGAUAAAAAUUUCUCAGUACCAAACAAUGGACAACCUUCCACAAAUCAUGAUGUGGAACAUUUAGUACACCAUUUUUAUAUUUGACAACAAGACUAACUAUUGUUUGUUUGGCCGUUAUUCAUUCAGAUAACAGUAAGAGUCUUAUGCUCCUCGAAGAAAAAGCUUUCGUCAUCGUCGAAUUACGUCGUGACGAUUAUUCAGUUUCUAAUGUCUAAUGCAGACUUUAAAUCGAUGAGGCCUUCUGUACGAAUAGCCAUGUUUCUUGAUGAUUUUUACCAUGGUUUUCCUUCUUGAAGAACACUGAUCGCUCAUUCUUUAUUAUUCACAUUCUUUUGCCGACUUGAUGCCAUGAUACUCACAUAUGCAUCCAUUUCUUUUCAAUGAACGUUCACAAUGUUUUGUAUACAAUUAUUCUCCAUUGACUGCCACGUGGUGAUUUUUACCGCCUUGCGUACUUCCCUUCAUCGAGCGCCACAUUGAUUUGAAAUGGUAUCAACAGUAAUGCAAAUAUUUCAGUUAUUUCGAAACUUUUUUCGGAAAAGAUGUUCAAUACCUGCUUUGCAUAUUCUGGUAUUAAAAUUUAAUUCGGCGGCAAUUUCACGAAUCCUUUUAUAUUCUUCUUCGUUGUCAUCACAAUUGUCAUUGUCCUCGUUUCAUCUUUUUUUGUCAUUAGUAUAUCACUUCUUACAUGAUCGAAGGAACCUUGCUUACUGAUGUUGAUACUUUCAAUAAUUAAAGAAUUCUCCCACUGUGAUAUUUUGGAAGUGUUCUGUUUUUUUGAAAUAUAGACAGAACGACACUUAAAAACGAAUGAAAGAAGUCAAUUGUAUAAAUUGAAUCGGUUAGAAAAUUCAUGACCGCAGGAAAUUUGUUAAAAGAGCAACAUGUUCAUACAAAAAUGUAUGAGCGUGUUGCAAUUUAAUUUUAGAUGUUCUGGAAUCACCAUAGACAAAUUUGAAUUAAAAGACCUAACAUCAUUCAUAUUAUGCUGUAAAAAAUAUUAUUGGAUGGAAGUAAAUAAAAGAAGUAGAUUGGACAAAAUCUUUAUUCUUUAUUAGAAACUAUGCAUUUGCUAAUUAAAUGACCACUGCACUGGGCCAAAGCGUUACGUUUUUUGACGUAAAAUUUAUAAAGAACGUUACAAACAUUAUAAUUACUAUUUGCGCCGCAGUUUUGCACUUUUUCUUUUAAAUUCCAUUUUCCAAAACUAACAUUUUUCCAUGCGCUUAUUUCACUUGAGAAACACACACACAUACAUACAUACAUACAUAAACAAACUUUUGUUUUUGUUGCGUUUAAUGGCUUUUCUUCGAAAUUCGGAUAAUUGAAA